AUGGUCUUCGAGGUCACCGGUGAUGGGCAAGAUGGCACUAAAAGGUCCAUCUUAUCAGCCGAGGAUGCGGCAACUGCGGCAAGAUCACGACUAUCGUUUAUAACGGAAAUGUGUCUCAAGCUGAACCAGCCCUUCGUUGAUGACGCCUUCCCUCCCGGUCCACUUUCCUUGUUCAAGGAUCCUCCUCACUCACACCCGCCGACCACAGUGAGCAAUAUUCACAACAGAUGGGACAAAGUUGCCGCACUGCCGUGGUUGAGGCCUGGCCCGGGGUACACCCUCUUCGACCCUACUACUGGUCCUGUCCCUGAAGACGUCCUACAGGGAGCCCUCGGAGAUUGCUGGAUGCUGUCAGCGUUGGCGGCCCUCUGUCAGCAACGGCCAGAGCUCGUCAAAGAUCUUUUCCCGUACCAGGAUACCACUGAGAGGUCCACCGUGGGAGUCUACCUAGUCCGCCUCUGUGAUUCCAAUGGUGCAUGGCGGUUGGUGGUUGUGGAUGACCAUUUCCUAUCUACCACCCCUGGGCACCGAGUUUUUGCGGGCAGGAGCUCUCGAGUGCUAUGGGUAUCUCUCCUCGAGAAGGCUUAUGCCAAGCUCAGCGGCUCCUACGAAGCUAUCGAAGCAGGGACUGCAUCAGAAGGCCUGACCAUGCUCACCGGGUGGCCAUGUACGGUCUACCGACUGCAAGCUGACCAGCAGGGCAGCACCAAUGGUGGGAUCAUCCAGGAAGACGAUGACGUGUUGUGGGGCUCUCUGGUCAGCCAUGACGGGGUACACAUUAUGUGUGCGAGCUGUGGGUUUGUCGAUGGUGUCAGUAAGGAAGAGUACGAGGCUAUGGGGUUAUUCAGCGAGCACUGCUACUCCAUACUCAAUGUUGUGGCUCUUGACGGCCUGCGGUUGCUUAAGCUCAGGAAUCCCUGGGGGUCACGAGUAUGGGGUGGUCCUUAUGGCCCUACCUCACCAGAAUGGACACCUGAACUUCAGAGGGGCUUGCAUUCCUUGACACAUGGCCCGUUGGCAGGCCGAGGGACGUUUUGGAUCUCUCUAACGGACUUCCGGCGAUACUUUUCCUCUGUGACGGUCUGCCUUUACGAGAAGUCAUGGUCAGAGGCCCGGACUCCUACGAUGCUUAUGCCUCGGGUAUUUUCUCAUCCUGCUGUACCCGCAGUCGAGAUCAGUUCAUUUGCCAAUAGUCAGACUAAUUUGGCCGUUUUUCAAAGCUCUGAUAGGAGCUCAAACAACAGCGCCUUUCCGAACGAUGUUGGUAUAGUUCUAUUCAGGCGUCGACCGGCGCCUAAUUCCAACGUGCUGGAAUAUGUGGCAAGCUUGCCUAGGAGUACCCGAACGACAGUUCAGCUGGACACUUGGCUGUAUUCCCACACACAGGGAGAGACCAACGAUGUGGAAACUCGCUUUCUUGUUGUCGUCUUGACAUUCAAUCACCGGGGUAUCGGAGCCACCACCCAUGAGCGGCAAGGCUUUACUCUGGGUGUAUUCAGUGCCAAACCAGUGAUUGUUCGAGAGCUCUGGGCUGGUUUUGCUUUGGAGAGGACUGCCUUGGCGUCUCAUAUAGCAGCAACUGGCCACUGUGAAGCGAACAAUGGUUUUUAUCUCUAUACCACCUAUGACGCUGGAUACUCUAUUUACGUGGUCAACAUGUCCAAUCGUGCCGUCUAUUUCGAAUCGACCGUGUCGAAUGCGGUGAACUUGUCAAGUUCACGUGGAUGGGCACCAGAAGGGGAUGGAUCAAACGUCCGCGUCACAACUCACGACCUCAUACUCCCUGGCCAAGCUAUGAUCGUCCUCGUUGUUAGCGAUUGGGGAGGCGGUUUUCGAUAUGUGCGUAACUAUCGGUAUACCUUCAUGCAAAGGUGGUCUCUUGCGCAAAGUUUUCAUACUCCACCCAUAGAGGAGGAGAGCAUACACCAACCGUUUGCAUGCGCUCCGUCACAACCUCUUAUACGUCACCCUUGAGUUUUCAUCAACUGCUCGUCCUGUUCCUCGCGACCAGCUCCGUUGCGUUGUCAUAGGGCUCUUCGAACGUAAUCGAGAAUGUAUGAGAAACGGUCACGUGC